AAUUAUCAGUCUUACAAAUUCAAAGUCCAGCUCCAGCCAGUCAAUAUUGAACCACAAAUCUUGGAAUCAGCUGCCAUUCGCCCACACCCCACCACGAACCUUCGCGAAUCAACCAAACCCCGCCUCCCUAAUCAUCAAUUUUCGAAGAAGAAUUUCAGAGAUUCUUGGUUUCGGUUUUCAAUUCCAUUUCUGUCUUCUGUAUUUCGUUGCAUUAUUGUCAGCUUCUUGAUCCGCAUACGGAGGAAUGGAGGGAGGUGCGGCGGCCGUGUCGGCGGAGAAGACGGUGGAAUCGGCUUCGUACACGUAUUGGGUUCGAGAGGUGAGCCGUGAUGCCGCGCCUUUACCUGUGCCGAAGAAGAUUGACCCGGCGGACGUCUGCAAUCAACCUAACCAAGCCCACCUCGGGUCGGCCUGGAAUAGGGCUGGAACAUGGGAGGAGAAAAAUUUAAAUAAAUGGGCAACUGAUAGGAUUAAGGAGUUGCUUGCGUCUGUGGGGUCCCUGGAGUUCUCUGACGGUAAGGCAGAAAUAGCAGAAGUCACAAGAUGCUCUGGAGAUGCAUUCUUGGUUACCGUCCGAAACAAAAAGCGGGUCGGCUAUACCUAUGAGUUAACCUUACAAGUCAAAGGGGAGUGGCAUAUCGGUGGAGAAAAAAAGAAGGUGAAAGGCCACAUAGAUGUAGCAGAGUUCUCCUUGGGCGAGCUGGAUGACUUGCAGAUUCAAGUGAAGCUCAGUGAGGACAAGGACGUUGCUGCACAAGAUAAGCAGCGGAUCCUCCAGGACUUGAAAUCGUUCUUGCAUCCCCUUAAGGAGAAACUGCUUCAAUUUGAGGAGGAACUCAAAGCUCGGUAGGGGCAAGACGUGACGGUGCGAUUCUGUGUGGUAGUUGAUGAUCACAUAGACCAAAUUGAUUUGUGAUUGUACUGAAUGUAACUGUAGCCCUUACCAAAAUAGACACCAAAGUCUUUUAGAUUUGUUGUAAUGGAUAAUGGAGUUUAAGAUAACUUGGUACUUUGUCUGUCCAAUGAUUUUGUUGUCUAACAAUCAUAAAUUCUAGUGUAGUGGGUUCAACCUGUCGGAUUUAAUUCUGAGU